UUGUGUCAGAGCAGGAAGAGGCUUUUUGAUAGACAUCACAGAAAGCCGGUGUAUUUUACUGGACUUCUGAAAGAAACAAGGACCCAUGGCUGCUGGAGGAAUGAAAUUAUCGAGUGUUUGUUUUCUACUUUUAUAUUUGAUAUUGACGGUGCUGGCCGGGAGGGAUUUCUACAAAAUUCUGGGGGUUAGUAGAUCAGCAUCAAUCAAAGACAUAAAGAAAGCCUACAGAAAGCUGGCAUUGCAGCUUCAUCCAGACAGAAACCAAGAUGACCCAAAUGCCCAAGACAAAUUUGCAGACCUCGGAGCUGCUUAUGAGGUGCUCUCAGAUGAGGAGAAAAGAAAACAGUAUGAUGCAUACGGAGAGGAGGGUUUAAAAGAAGGCCAUCACAGUUCACACGGUGAUAUAUUCUCCAGUUUCUUUGGCGACUUUGGAUUCAUGUUCGGUGGAAAUAGGCAGCCAGCCGGCCGAGAUAUUCCAAGGGGUAAUGAUAUAGUACUGGAUCUUGAAGUAACCUUAGAAGAGGUGUAUUCAGGGAAUUUUGUAGAGGUGGUGCGAAACAAACCUGUAGCAAAAGAAGCCCCCGGCAAAAGAAAAUGCAACUGUCGACAGGAAAUGAGAACCACACAGCUAGGACCGGGACGCUUCCAGAUGACACAAGAAGUAGUCUGUGAUGAAUGCCCCAACAUCAAGCUUGUGAAUGAAGAGAGAACACUAGAGGUGGAGAUUGAGCAGGGUGUGAGAGAUGAGAUGGAAUACCCUUUCAUCGGGGAAGGUGAACCUCACAUUGACGGUGAGCCGGGAGAUCUGCGUUUCCGCAUUAAAGUUUUAAAGCACCCAGUGUUUGAACGCAGAGGCGAUGACCUCUAUACGAAUGUCACCAUCUCUCUGGUAGAGGCUCUGGUUGGUUUUGAGAUGGACAUCUCUCAUUUAGAUGGUCACAAGGUACACAUCGUCAGAGAUAAAAUCACUAAACCAGGAGCUCGUAUUUGGAAGAAGGGCGAGGGCUUACCAAAUUUUGACAACAACAAUAUCCGUGGGUCGCUCAUAGUCACCUUUGAUGUAGAUUUCCCCAAGGAGCAGCUCGAUGACCAGCAAAAAGAUGGUAUAAGGCAACUUCUGAAACAGGCACCGUAUCAGAAGGUUUAUAACGGACUGCAGGGAUACUGACAAACCAGCCAAGUAAAUCAGGACUGAUUGCCCUGUCCCUGUCUGCCCUUCACACACACACACACACACACACACACACACACACACACACACACACACACACACACACACACACACACACACACAAACACUUACAUGCACACUGAGGAACAAGCAAUGGGGUGUAUUUAUUUUUUUCUGAUUGUUCUCAGGAAGGGUUGACAUUUAAUGUUUUUAUUUUUUCUUCAAUAUACAUUUUUAAAGGUAUUUGUUUUCUCAUGGAAAGCAUUUUUUUUAAUUUUUAUUUUGUCCAAAUGAUUCGUUUUUUUCUUACAUAGUUCCUGGUUUUCAUCAGUUUGUGUUUGGACACUUACUUUCUACUAUGACCAGUCACAUACCAUCCACUCAUGGAUCAGCAUAAUGUUUUGUCCCAGUUGACCUGAGACUGACUGUACCAUAAACACAGAAAGAGGACUGAAACUUUAAAUCGGAGGACAAUUUAAACACCUGCCUCGGCUCUGUACAUCUUCAAGACCUUUUUCUUUGGAUCUUUUAAGAAGGAAACAGUUAUAUGAAUGUAAGUUCAUUGAGCUUUCUCAACCUAGACUCUUCGGUCUUUGGUCUGCUUGUUUUAAAGAACAGAUUUAUUACAGUUGUUGCAGUUAGUGUGGUUUUUGUAUUCAUCAAGCUGUGAGCGUGAGAGAGAGAGUGACUGAGAUUGCCGUGUUCAGAUUUGCUGUCUAGUGACAGAUCUUUGUCCUCUGAGGCAUUUACUUGGGUUUUGAAGUUCAAACAGAAGACCUCUUAAUGUGUACAGUUCAUCUCUUUCCUGUGAAUUUUUUAUGUGACAGACUCGCUUUCUUGUUUCUUUCACAACCCCUCCUGAUGUGCAGCCCACUUGGUCCCUUCCUAGUUAGUAUGUUUCCUUUGCUCAUUUGUGAACUGUACCAGAAAAGAAAUUAACAACUUCUUAGGCUAACUUGUGCACAACUGACGGAAAUAUCAUUUGUCAUUUUCAAAUUAAAAAUAAAAAGUUUCUAAUUAUGGUUAAAAAUGGA